AUGGAUGCUCUUGAAAUUGAACAUCUAUGUGGUCAAUUAUAUAGUGGUGGAGUUAGUAGUGAACAAUUACGUACAGUAUCUCAACGUCUUGAAACAUUUGUAAGUCAACCAAAUUGUUUAUCACAAUGUCGAAUAUUACUUGAUCGUGCAUUAACUCCUUAUACACAAUUUUUUGGUGCAACAACAUUAAUAAAAUAUUUUAAUCGUUCAUCAAAUCAACCAUCAGUAUCAUUUACUGAACGAUUUGAAUUACGUACAUAUAUACUUGAAUAUUUAUAUAAACAUAAUCGUUCACUUGCACCAUUUGUACUUGCUGAAUUAGUUAAAUUAUAUGCACGUUUAACAAAAAAUUCUUGGUUUGAUUUAAGUCCAAAUACAACAAAUUUAAAUAAUGAAAUAUAUCCAUUUCAAACAUUUACAGAUGAUUUACUUAAAUUUCAAAUAGAUCCACCACAUUUUUCUGUUGCUUUACAAUUAUUAAUUGCAAUAUUAUCUGAAAUAAGUGUACCAAAUGAUGAAGAAACAUCAGCUAGAGCAUUUAGUAAACAUCGAAAAAUUUGUAUAUCAUUUCGUGAUACAAAAUUACUUGAUAUUUAUUUAUUUGCUUGUCAAUAUUUACGUGAUGUUAUAAUUAAUCAAAAAAAAGUAUUAGGUUUAUCGAAUGAUUUGAAUGAUUAUCCAAAAACAAUAACAAGUGUACAAUUACAAGGAGAUUAUUAUUUAGUUGUAGAAAAACUUCUAUCAUUAGCAUUAGCUUGUUUAACAUAUGAUUAUCUUGGAACAGGUUCAAGUAUUCAUGAUGUUGAUGUAUCAGAUGAAAAUCAAACAUUACAAGUUCCACUUGCUUGGCAUGAUCAUGUUGUUGAUGGAAGUUUUUAUCGAUUAUUUUUUUCAUAUUAUUUUCUUUUUUCAAAUACAUCACUUGUUCCAUUAGCAAUUUCAUGUCUUGUUCAAUUAUCAAGUGUACGACGAUCAUUAUUAAAUACAAACGAACGUCUUACUGUUCUUAAUCAUAUGACAUAUGGUAUUCGAUCAAUUCUUGAACAAGCAGCUGGUCUUCUAGCUGAUGAAAAAUCUUUACAUGAAUUUUGUCGUCUAAUAGCACGUUUAAAAUCAAAUACACAAUUACAUGAAUUAAUUCGUAUUGAUAAUUAUCCAUUAUUUAUUGAAACAUUAUUUCGUUUUACAAUUGAUCAUUUAUUAAGUGUUCAUCAUCAUCGUCAAUAUCAUUUAUCACCAAAUACACUUCAUUAUAUAUUAUCAUUUUGGUCAAAAAUAGUUGCAUUUCUUUCACAUAGUUCAAAAUUAUCUGAAUCAUCAUCAUCAAAUGAUUCUCCAACAUCACAUUUGUUAGAUAUAUAUGUUCCACAAAUUGUUUGUUAUUAUGUUCAAUCACGUUUAGAUGCACUUAAUAAUGAUGAUGUUUUAUAUAUGGAAUUAUUUGAUAAUGAUCAAACAAUAUUACAACAACAAUUAGAAAUGAUUAGUAUUAUGUCAAGAUUAGAUUAUAAUAAAACAUGUGCACUUUUAUGUACAUGUUUUGAUGAUCUUGCUCAACAAUAUCAACAAGCAGCAAAUUCAGAAACAGUUGAAAGACGUUUUACAUUUUUAAUAUAUGUUCUUGGAUGUGUUAUUGGUGCACGCGGUAUAACAUUAACAUCAUUAUCAUUACCAACUGAUGAUCAAGAUUUAUUUGAUGGUGAAUUAGUUGUACGUGUAUUACAAUUAAUGACAUAUAUACAACAAAAAACAGCUGGUGAAACACAAAAUAAUAAUAAAAAUUCAAUAAAUACAGCAAUAACAACAACAACAACAACAGAUAAAAUUGGUUCAACACCAUAUUCUGAACGACUUGAAUUAGCUGUUUUAUUUUUUUUUGAACAAUUUCGAAGACAAUAUAUUGGAGAUCAUGGUCGAUCAAAUAAAAUUUAUCAAGUUCUAUUUAAACAUCUUGGUAUUGCUGAUGAAGAACAACUUUUGUCAAUAUUCAUAAAAAAACUUUUUACAAAUUUACAAUAUUCAACAAUAACUGAUAAAUUAAUUGAACGUACAGUUGGAUGCUUUAGUGAUCUUUCACAAGGUUAUCAAAGUGUUCGUAGAUUAGUUAAGCUAGAUCCAAUUCAAUAUUUUAUUAAUAAUCAUACACAAGAUUUAUUUCCAUUUCUUCAUCAUACAUCUACGACUAAACGUUCAAAUAAUAGUAAUAUAACUGCUAGUAGUUGGUCACGUCUUCGAACAACAUUUUAUGCUGCUGUUGGACGAAUGUUAAUGCAUGAAUUUCGUUAUGAUGAAGAUGAUGAUGAUCGUGUCGAAGCUUUUAUGACACCAUUUACAAAUCAUUGUAAUAGAUUAGUACAAAUAUUCAAAGACUUUCCAGAUUUUACUGCAUUUAACGUAGGACAAUUUGCAACAAUGGGUCAAUUUAAUCCAACAUUGGCCUCAUUAGAUGAGAUUCAAUCUCUUAUAAUUGGUAUUGUUCGUGAUCUUCGUGGUAUAUGUAGUGCCUUCGUUUCUAAACAAGCCUAUUCAUCAUUAUUUGAUUGGCUUUAUCCAUCAUAUUUACCAUUAUUUUUAAAAGCUCUUUAUGUAUUUUAUGAUCGAGCAGAUGUUUAUAAUCCAUUAUUAAAAUUUUUUCAUGAAUUAACAUCAAAUCGUCAAGAACGUUUAGCAUUUGAUUCAACAAAACCAAGUGCUUAUUUAUUAUUUCGUGCAACAUCUAAUUUACUUUAUAUAUUUCAAACAAAAACAAUUGUUCAUGUUAAUGCAACACUUCCUGAAACUGAUGGAAUUUUAUUUUAUAAAUCUAAACUUAAACCAAUUAUAACAUGUUUAAGAAUAAUUCGUGCAUGUUUAAUUGGUAAUUAUGUUAAUUUUGGUGUUUUUCAUCUUUAUUCUGAUCCAUGUUUUGAUAAUUGUUUACAAGUAUUUUUAUCAAUAUUAACAUCUAUUAAACAAACACAUUUAUUAGCUUAUCCAAAAUUAACAUUAUCUUAUUUUACAUUAAUUGAAACAUUAUCACUUGUUCAAAUUGAUUUUCUAGCUAAUUUAACAACACCAUUAUUUGGUUAUGUACUUGAAACAAUAAGUGAAGGAUUUUUAUCACCUGAACAAACUAUACAAAAUUCAUGUUGUAUUUUUUUGGAUACAUUUUUGUCAUAUAUUUUUCGAUCAGUUAAAAAAAGUAAUGCAUCAGCUAGUUUAAUGGCUAAUAUUAAUGAAUAUGGAAAUUUAUUUCGACAAAUACUUGUAAAUUUACUUAAUGGAAUUAUAUUUGCUGAAUGCAAGUAAGUGAAUCAAAAAUUCGUUAAUAAACAAUCGAAUAAAAAAAUAUAUGUAAAAUAUGAAUAAUUAAGAUUAAAGUUAUAGUUUUUCUAGAAUUAUAAAAAAGAGAAAAUUUUUCUAAAUUAAUAAAUUAGUAUUCGAUUUAAUUGAUUGAUUUCAUAUUGCCAAAUAUUUUGAACUACUUAAGUGAUUCAAUUAGAUAUGGACAAGAUG